UACUUUACCCAUUUCUAUAUUUUCUCCGCCGAACCAACCAAUUAUAAUGACCGGCGGCCUAUACAGCUCAUAAGACGCAACAACAUGAACUCUACUUUCGCCGUCGAUCGACCCAUUCGAACUCCCUCAGUUUCGACCUUUCAAAACCCUAAUCCCUUCAAAACCCGACUAUUCUCAAACACCAGAUUGCCAUGGCGUUUGCGUCUCAGAGACCCAUCGAAUCACAAAAGCUCCACAAGUUCUUCUUUGGGUACUUCUUCGACAAUCAAUGAGGUUCCACGUAAAAUUGGCGGUCUUCGAUCGACUCGAGUUAGGGUUUCUUCAGAUGCUUCUCAGUCGUACGCUGGUGGAUUGGUACGGGAAGAUGAAGGCGGAUUGCCAGAGCCGAGUUUCGUGGAGUUUAUCACUUCGGAGAGAGUUAAAGUAGUGGCAAUGGUGGCCUUGGCGUUGGCGCUGUGUAAUGCGGACCGAGUUGUUAUGUCUGUGGCCAUUGUUCCUUUGUCUCUUUCUCAUGGUUGGCGUCAAUCUUUCGCUGGUGUUGUUCAGUCAUCUUUUCUCUGGGGAUACCUUAUAUCACCAAUAGCUGGAGGGACUCUUGUGGAUUACUAUGGUGGUAAGGUAGUCAUGGCAUGGGGUGUGGCUUUGUGGUCACUGGCCACAUUUCUUACUCCAUGGGCUGCGGAAACUUCUUUGUGGGCUUUACUCGCUACACGAGUUGUGCUGGGCAUUGCCGAAGGGGUGGCUCUUCCAUGCAUGAACAACAUGAUUGCAAGAUGGUUUCCUCAAACAGAACGAUCCAGGGCUGUUGGGCUUGCAAUGGCUGGAUUUCAGCUUGGAAGUGCCAUUGGACUUACCCUUUCUCCAAUCCUCAUGUCCCAAGGUGGUGUGUUUGGACCCUUCGUAAUAUUUGGAUUAUCCGGAUUUCUUUGGGUAUUGGUAUGGUUAUCAGCAACCUCAAGCACGCCUGAACAAAGUUCUCAAAUAUCAAAAUAUGAAUUGAAGUACAUACAGAACAAGAGGCAGAAGUCCUUCGUGGCUGAGAAUAAAAUGAAGACAGGCAAAAUGAUCCCUCCUUUCAAACGUUUACUUUCUAAGCUACCCACCUGGUCUCUAAUUGUCGCUAACGCCAUGCAUAGCUGGGGUUUCUUUGUUAUUCUUUCAUGGAUGCCCAUUUAUUUUAAAACGAUAUAUCACGUUGAUCUCAGACAAGCAGCAUGGUUUAGUGCUGCUCCCUGGAGUAUGAUGGCGAUAGUAGGCUAUUUUGCUGGUGUUUCAUCGGACAUGUUGAUUAAAAAUGGCAUGAGUGUCACUUUGACUCGCAAGAUUAUGCAGUCAAUUGGUUUUAUUUGCCCUGGGAUUGCUCUCAUUGGACUAACAAUGGCAAAAAGUCCAUUAAUAGCAUCUGCUUGGCUUACCUUAGCCGUUGGGUUAAAAUCUUUUAGUCAUUGUGGCUUCCUUGUGAACCUGCAGGAGAUUGCUCCACAAUAUUCCGGAGUUUUACAUGGCAUGUCAAAUACUGCUGGAACAUUUGCUGCUAUUUUGGGAACAGUUGGAGCUGGUUACUUUGUGGAAUUGGUCGGUUCUUUCAGGGGAUUUUUGUUGCUUACAUCUCUCUUAUAUUUUUCUGCUGCUCUAUUCUGGAACAUCUUUUCCACAGGAGAGAGGGUUAAUUUUGAUGAAUCUGGUUAGAUCACCCAAAAGUUUGAUUUUUUUUUUUUUCUAGCUUCUUUCCUUGUAAAGGAAUAAUGAUGCAAAUGCGAUAACUUUAUCCCAUUUUACAAGUAGGUGGUAUUAGAAAUUUAAGCUAUGCUAGUAAAUAUCAUGUGGGUAAAGUUGGUGGAUAGCUUUGUAUAUGAAGAAUCACAUUGCAUGGGAGGAUAUGCUGUUGCCAAAUUCU